AUGAUUUUAGAUUUUGAUUAAGAAAUUAUAUCUCAAAGAAGAAAUAAACUUAGAAUCUUGUUAAAUAAACCAAAUCAAAAAUAACAAUUUUGUCAGCAUUAAUAUUAGAUUAUAAAAUAGGUCUUAGAGCCUCCAAAAAGAAUUUUUUCAUAUUCUCGAUCAAUUAGACAUUUUUAAGAAAUUAUGUCGAAAACAGGUUCAAUAAGUGUAAAUGAAAAGGCAAAAACACUAUUUAUAAAAUAAAAUAAAACAAUCAAUUAAAAAUAACGCAGCGAUACUAUAAAAGACACAAAUUGUAAAUCUAUUUAAACAGAUGAAUUAAUAAUGGAAGAAUAAGGAUAUAAAAUAGAUCAAACUUAAAGAUUUAUAUAGGAAUCUCCAUAUAUUAGAAAAAGAAAGUUUGCAAAUAAUAUAAAUUUGAAAGAUUCAAAAUAAUUAUAUAAAAAGAGAGCUAUUGAAUAAAGUAUAUCAUUAACUCCUCAAACAGGAAGAAAUAUUAAUCAAUCAUAAUUUCAAAAUGAAAUUCUAUAAUAAAAAGUUGAGUUAAUGUUACCCUUAUAUGAUAGAUCUACACAUUUUUUGAGUAAAAAAAAACAUUUAAAAAUAAAACUUGAUAAAUUAGAUAAGCUAGAUGCAAUAUUUGCAACAGCCACUAAUAGAUUUUGA